GAAGGUUGUUGCUGCUAAUAUAUUGUGUGUUGCAAUGCGACUGUGCAUUGUUGCUGUUGAGGCGAACAGUGUUGUGGGGAACGACAUCUACGAAUUGCAUCAGCGAACCAGGUGGAUAUGGCGGACCGUCUGAAGAUUUUGAUGAACCACGUGACCCACUCAAGGCCAUCUAAGACUCUUCAGUUUGAACCGGCGUCCCAGACCCAGGUUGAUAGCGGACAGGGGAGUGGCUUCACGUACAGCCUGGACAGCCCCAGAUUGACGCUAGAACAGAGGCGGUUCUACGAGGAGAAUGGGUACCUGGUCAUCAAGAAGCUGGUGGCGCAGGAGCAUAUUGACAAGUACAGGAACAGGUUUUUGGACAUAUGCAACAACAAGGUGAGCGUGCCUGGCAUAUCCAUCAUGCGCGAUGUGAGCAUCGCCAGGUCGGACUUCAUACCCGGCGAACGGACCAUAACGAAGAUUCAAGACUUCCACGCCGAUAAGGUGCUGUUCAGCUACUGCCAUCUGCCUGAGGUUUUGGACUACGUGGAGUGUUUCACCGGCCCUGACAUCUUGGCUCUACACGCAAUGUUCAUCAACAAGCAACCUGACCCGGGAAAGGGUUCGUCCCGCCAUCCAAUGCACCAAGACUUGAUCUACUUCCCCGUCCGACCAGCUGACCGGGUCGUGUGUGCCUGGACUGCGGUGCAGCCUGUAAACAGACAAAAUGGCUGCCUUGUCGUUCUACCUGGCAGCCACAAGGGGGAGCUACGGAGUCAUGGCCUUCCCGAGUGGGAGGGAGGUGUCAACGUCGCCUACUUCGGUGUGAGGGACUACGACCCCAGCACCCCUAGGGUACACCUGGAGAUGGACGCGGGGGACACGGUGUUCUUCCACCCCCUGCUGAUCCACGGCUCCGGCACCAACAAGACGGAAGACUGCAGAAAGUCGAUAUCCUGCCACUUCGUCACGGGCGACAUGACCUACGUUGACAUUGACCCAAAUGAUCCUAACUACCACGUGGCCCAGACUACUCUCGGGGUUUUCCUGAAGAAGGCGGGAAUAGAUCGAGGCCUUAUCUCACACCAGGAUCUCUGGAGGUUCAAGGUUCGUGUUGUGCGAGGGAAGAAUCACAACCGACGGGACAUACAAGACGAGUUUCGACAGAGAAUGGCACGUCAAUAAUCCUUGGUGCUUCCCCCACGACAAUCCGCCUCGACUGAACCUCCUUGGUGCUUCCCCCACGACAAUCUGCCUCGAGUCACCUUUCUUUGGGCCAAUCUAAACCAGAAUCAGCCUCCACUGUGACUUUGUUACGCUCGCCUACCGUGACAAUCUGCCUCGACUGACCUUUCUUUGAGCCAAUCUUUUGUUUGUUUGUUUGUCGGUUAGUUGUUUGUUUAACGCUGCACUCAACAAUAUUCCAGCUGUCUGAUGGCGUCUAUAAAUAAUCAAAUCUGGACCGGACAAUCAAGUGAGCAAGAGCACGAUCAGAGAUGCUGCAGAUAAUCUCAUCCGGAUCUUCGCAGGUGUUCGCCUCCACUGUGCCUUUGUUUUGCCAUGAGAAUGUUGAUAUUUUUUCACACUUCAGUUUUUGUGUUUAUAGGUAAUGCGUGCACAGAUAACGUGUGAAUAAAAAGUUGUAAUCAGC